AGUGGAGCUGGUGGGGGCUCAGUGACACUUCGACACUUUGUGGGACCACUGAGCGGGUCUCCCUUACACUGUCGUGGGCCCAGGGACAUUCCGGCACUUUCUGGGACUGCUGCCGGCUCUCCCUCACACUGCUGGGGGCUCAGUGGCAUUCCAGCGCUUUCCAUGACUGCUGCCAGCUCUCCCUUCCAACAGUGGGAUGUUUGCUGCCGCCACCAAGAACUUUGUGAAGCAGGUCGGAGACACAGGCCAGCUGAUCCCUGUGCCCAGUCUGAGCGAGGCCGAUCGCUACCAGCCACUCAGCCUGGUCACCAAGAGGAAGAGGAUGCAUUUCUGGAAGAAGACCAAAUAUGCGCCCACCCCAUUCUCUUUAAAAGACAUUCUGGUGGGGGACAAGGAGAUAAUGGCAGGGGUCUCCUCCUAUCAGCUGCUUAACUAUGAAGACAAGUCUGAUGUGUCCCUGGAUGGCCGGCUGAGGAACCACCUGAUCAGCGAUGUUGGGGUUAACAUCAGCGGAUCAGACUCUGUGGCAGUUAAAGCCUCCUUUGGGAUUGUCACGAAGCAUGAAGUGGAGGUUCCAACGCUGCUCAGGGAGCUUGGCUCCAGGAAAGUGGAUCUAGACCACUGUCUUAUCCGCCAAUCAAAGGAGAGUGGGCGGGCCAUUCUGUGUGUCGUCAUGGAGAGCAUCCGCACGACUCGACAGUGUUCCCUCACUGUGCAUGCGGGAAUGCGGGGGAAGACUAUGAGGUUUCAGAUUGAUGAUGACCGCAAACCAAAGGGCCGUGAUAAGGCCAUAGUGAUACCAGCACAUACAACAAUCGCAUACAGCAUAUUUGAGCUUUUUGUAAGACUGGAUGGGACACUGGACCUUUGCGUAACAUCCGAGUCCCCUGGUGGCUUUGAGAAGGAGCAAAUUCGAGAGCAGCUGGGUGGCUUCAUCAGCCGCCUGUCCUUUGGACGCCUGAGAAGGUUCUUCUCAGGCAUGGUGUACGGAAACCCCUUCAGAGCAGAUGACAGGACAUUUGUGGAGGUAGCCCACUCUGACAUGUACAUGGAGGACCUUGUGGCAGACUACUAUGAGAAGGCGGCGAGCAUGACAGACAUCUCCACAGGCUACCUACGGGAAGGCUCUCACACCCGCAUCAACCUGCUAAACCACAACAUCCCCAAGGGCCCAUGUGCGCUCUGUGGCAUGGGCCAGCAACGGCGGGAGACUGUCUAUGGCUGCCUUGAGUGCUCCUCCAAUGGACAGAAAUACAUCCGAUUGCACGUGGUGCCCUGUUUUGACCUGUGGCACAAGACCACCAGGUGA